CUCUUCUCUUGCGUCAUCAGACCAUUUCCCGCCCCAUUGAAAAUCAUCCUCUUUGACGACCUGAAUUGCGCCUAUAAACAGUGCCCCUCUCGGCGUUUUUAUGGCCCUAGGAUCUUCAAUGGCAACUCGGUCACGCAUUCAUUCAAUUAUUCACAUUCCAUUGAUGCAAUCUUAACAAAUACAAAAAAAGAGCCCAAAGGUUGAUCAAUCAUGGCUUAUCAAUACCAUCACCAGCAAUACUUUUCAGGAAAUAGUUUUAACAAUUAUAUUAACGGAUACAGUAUGUUUGAACCGUCAUAUCAACAUAUUCACAGCCCAUACGACUACAAUCAAGCAGCACAUAAUGCAAUUGAUGUAGGAGAAGGAGAUGAAGGGCCAGGGAUGGCAGGAGUUGGGGCAAGAAGGCUAGCCCAAAGGAUGGCAGCUAAAAAGGCUGCACAAGAGAGAAGAUGGCAAGCGGAACAGGAUAGCCAGAUUAGCGGACCAGAUCCAAUUCAAAAAGAAUACGAAAAUUCAAUCAGAGCGACCGAAUAUCAACAACAGCGACAACAGAAUCAGCAUGACUAUUCUUCUGCUGAUUUCGGUCAUCAAUCGUAUGAAUCACAAGGUAGAUCUCAAUGGCAAGAUCACCAACAGCAUGAUAAUCAUUCGCAUAUGCAACAGAGGUCAUCCGAUGAAGAAAUACGAAUGGGCGGAGGGUCGAGAAACGCAAACACAGCAUCUCGAAGUUACAGUUCAGACGAAUAUGCAAAUCGCUCGCAAGAGCAACUGUCUUUCAGGAGGCAAAAUACAGAUUCACAAAGUACGGCAAGACCGCAAGAUUACAAAAAGCAAGAAGAGCCUAAUCAAAUGAUAUCUGAUGGAUUUGGUGGAUUGAUGCUACAGGUGAAUGAAGUGAGAGGACCUAUGCAGCAACGGGCUUCUACUGCAACAAAUGCAAGAGCGACAGUAUACGAAGAUGAUUAUGAGGAAUCAGAACAUUUUCGUUCAACUGAUGAUACUGCUUUCCGACGUCAAUCAGAAGCAGCAGUCGAAUCACCUGCUGAUCUAACCGUUCCAUUGAGCGGCGACGCGAAAGGAAUGGUGGCUCGUGAAACAAUCUUGGAGCCUCUUCCAAAAGCAAGUUGUGCAGAUUGCGGUGAUCGAAUACCGUUUGAAGAAUUGGUGCAACAUGAAUGCGUAAAGAAUGCUUGUCGUUCACCGCUCUUGCAAAAAGGAGCAGGUUCAAUUUCGAGUCGAUCUUGUUCACCGAUGCCCGAUCAAGGUGCACCUCUCAGCACAUCAAACCUUUCAACUCGAUCGCCUUUCUUUGAUCGAUAUGAGAAAGCACAAGAUGAAGUUGUGAAUCGCAACUUCUUAUCGUCAGCCUUGACGGCUUCAACUAUAAGCGCAUCUCCUUCGCCACUUUUGAAGACGAAGAAGUUGCCAUCGGAUACGAGUUGUUCACCGAGAUCGAAUUUGUCGCCUUUGGUUGGCUCUCAUGAUGAGGAAGAAGAUCGACAAAGGUCAGAACGUAAAAAGCAAAUCGAAGCACAAAGAGCGGCAAAAAAGCAAGCUUUGAUAGAUAGAGCAGCGGCAAAACUAACCGCAGAAGCGAGAGCGAAAAAUAUUUCACCUAUUGAACAAUUUUCGCAAAAUCGAUCACAUCGACGCGGCGCUGAAUCUGAAUCAUCUACAGUUUCAACGACGAGCACUAAAUCUACUGCUUCUUCAUUAUUUGUCAAGCAUAUUCCUGAAACCUUGACACCAAGUUCGAGUAAUGAGAUGGUGAGCAGUACCAAGUCUAAUUCACCAUCAAAGAAGGAGAUCAAUUUGGACGACAUCGAAGGAUUGAUGAAUGAUAUCACCAACGGAUCUUCUCCCAAGUCUAAAUCAAAGAAGAGAAGCGUGAAAGAAAAACAUUCUCAUCAGCAGCAUUCCGGUCGUGUUCCUCAUCAUGUCAGACAACCAUCUGAAACUUCAUUGAAGCAGAGAAAUUUAGCAGUGACAAGAGCAUCUGAACUCGUUCUCAAAGCACAAGAUGAUGUAUCACCCAUAAAGAUUGCUCGACCGACAGUUUCACGAACACGAACAACAGAUACGAGAGAACACAAACUUUGUAGCGUGUGUUUGGCCACAUUCAAGAAAGGUCAACCGAUCGUUGAACGUGACGGAAAAUUGUUCUGCGUAGAUGAUUAUGCAGAAUUAUAUUUGGAAAAAUGCAGGAAAUGCAAACAAGCCAUUAAAACUGUUGGCGUUCGCAGUAAAGAUGGCGCUUUGACAGGACUUUUCCACCGUGAAUGCUUUUCAUGUUUACAGUGCGAUGCCACUUUUGAUGAUGGUACAUUUUAUGUCUUUGAAAAUGCUGCAUAUUGCUCGCAACAUUAUCAUAUGCUCAAUGGCACAACUUGUCAAGGUUGCAAUUCAGGAAUCGAAGGUCAAUGUCGUCAAUUGACCGAAACAGGUGAAAGAUUUCAUCAACAUUGUUUCACUUGUCAAUUUGAUAAUGGUAAAGAAUUCUGUAAAGAUCUUUUACACGAUUAUUUCGUUUACGAAGGAAAAAGGUUAUGCGAAUGGCAUUUCGAAAAAGUCCUUCGUUCGGUCAAACGAAGAGAAAGAAGAGGAAAAAAGGAAGAACAACAAUCGGACGCAAUCGCCGCUGCCGAAAUACGAGCAGCCCGUCGAACGACGAUGUUACAAACAGUGGCGGCCAAGAAAGGAAGAGCUUGAUUAUGGAAGUUAUUUUUGUACUGUUACUAUACCCACUUUUUAUACCC